GUGCCUCUCGUCGUCGUCGUCGUCCACGAUGUCCAACACGAUCCCCCUCUAUCCCCUUUCCAACUUCACAUUCUGCACAAAGGAAGCCCAGCCGGAGGAAGACCCAUCUGUCUCGGCGCGUCUGCAGCGUCUCCAAAACAACUAUGAGGAUUUUGGAAUGCGUCGGACGGUAGAGGGCGUGUUGGUGGUACACGAUCACGGCCACCCGCAUAUCCUCAUGUUACAGAUUGCUAACGCAUUCUUCAAGCUCCCAGGCGAUUACCUCAAACCAGGUGAAGACGACGUGGAAGGUCUCAAGCGAAGACUCGACGAACGACUCGCCCCACCUCCAGAAUCUAAACAAUUUAACGCGUCCCAUGGCAUCGACAACGAAUGGGAAAUCGGAGAUUGUCUCGCACAGUGGUGGAGACCCAACUUCGAGACGUUCAUGUACCCAUUCAUCCCUGCGCACAUCACCAAACCGAAGGAGUGCAAAAAGUUGUUCUUGGUACAUAUGCCUGAACGAAAGGUCCUCGCCGUUCCCAAAAACAUGAAACUGCUCGCUAUACCACUCUUUGAGCUAUACGACAACGCUGCUCGGUAUGGCCCGCAGUUAUCUGCUAUCCCGCAUUUGCUGUCAAGGUAUAACUUUAUAUACCAGUGACUUCGCGCGCGGAAAGAGAGGGCAAUAGACUGUAUCCUUAGAAUUUGACCAUGAGCGUGUCUCUCGUGCGCACUCCUCUCCUUGACCGUGUCGCCGACGCUUUGCAUCUUCUUAUCUCUCGAGGUUGCGACGCGCCGAUCCUCUUAUCUCGGGAGCCAUACUCGGCAGAAAUGUCAGCACCCUGAGUCCAAAUCAUUAGAGUAUGUACUGCCCCUGACUUUGAGCAAUGAAUAGACGUGCAGCUAUUGUAUAUUCCAUGCAAAAUUACCUAGCUCAUGCAUUCAAAUCCAGAAGUAACUUGUGAGGGUCGACGGGGUAUUCUAAAAUUGCCUCCAAUAUUAGUAGC